AUGCGGAAGUGGGAGUCAAAAGAUCAAGAUGAAGUUGAGGAAACUCGACUGCAGGCUGCCUUGAUGACAGCUCGGCUGCUGAGACAUGCCAAGCCCAUAGACAAGCCCGACAUGGAACCAUUGAAGCUGACUACCUCAUUCUGGGACCUGAAAGAGGAGAAAGAGGGCUGGGAGUUGCGAUCAAGCAAAAGUCUGGACUCGGGGAAAGUCCGUUGGAAUCAUUGGCAUUUUCGAGGAGGGACGCACUACAUCUUCACGGACCUUUCUUAUUCAGAGCUAAUGACAGAUUGUCUUGCACCAAGUGGUAGCAUCUUCUUGGGUGGUGGUGAAGGUAGCAAGGAGGCACUCAUGAGGAUGCUGGUCAAUGGUGAACCUGUAGUUUGCCUGGACAACACAGGUCGUGUGACGCAAGACUUUGUCACCAGCUGA